ACUUGCGGUUAACGCUGCUGAUGGUGACGAAGGUGGAAAAUCGAAAACCCCUAACCCAGCCCAACCUCCUUCCUGCUGCGUCUAAUCUUGUUCUUCCAGCUCGUGGUUUUACCUUUCACUUCCUGUCACUUUCGUGGCCACUGUCAAACGUUCAGCAUGUCUUCUCCCAAAGUGCUAAUCUACGGUGGCAGAGGAGCGCUAGGAGCAACGUGCGUGUCCCAUUUCAAACAACAAAAUUGGUGGGUAGCAUCGAUUGAUUUGGGAUUAAACGACGAAGCCGAUCACAACAUUGUGGUUACCAGCACCGACAGCCUACCAGAACAGGAAGAAUCCGUACUAACAUCUGUCUCUUCGGCUCUAGGGUCAUCGAAGCUCGACGCCAUAAUUUGUGUGGCAGGUGGGUGGGCCGGUGGCAAUGCUAAAAAGGGCCUUGCAAAAAGUGCAGAUCUUAUGUGGCGGCAAAGUGUGUGGAGCUCAGUUGUAUCAGCGAGUGUUGCGGCCUCGCACUUGAAGGAGGGCGGUUUGUUAACGUUGACAGGUGCUAGUGCAGCACUUCAAGAAACUCCAGGUAUGAUCGGUUAUGGCAUGGCCAAAGCGGCUGUACACCAUUUAACAAAAAGCCUAGCCGGUAAAGACAGCGGGCUUCCCACCGGUGCAACUUGUGUCGCAAUUUUACCUAUUACUUUGGAUACCCCAAUGAAUCGAAAGUGGAUGCCAAAUGCGGAUUUCACUACGUGGACCUCUCUGGAAUUUCUGGCCGAACUGUUUUGGAAAUGGAGCAGUAACCAGGCGCGUCCUGCCAAUGGCAGUUUAUUGCAAUUGGUUACCAAGGAUUCUAAUACUGAACUUGUUGUCGCUUAAGGCUUUUAUUUGGAUGAAAUUGUUAUAUUUUUGUAUUUGUUAUUAUUAUACCUUUAAAAUUGGUUGAGGACCAACAAUACGAUAUUAUGUACAUUUCAUAUUAUUUUUUAUUAAAUUGAGUUGCAAAGUA